AGAGCCGCCCGGCGGCAGCAGGUGGGAGCGGGGCUGUUGAUAUCAAUAUGGCGGUUGUCAGCCAGACAAAGACAGUCAGUCUGAUGUGAUUGAGACAAGGGAGGUUUUCAGGGGGAGACUGGGAGAUAGGGGCCUCCCCUCCCCCUUCCCCUCCUCCCACGCCGGCCUCCACCCCCUUCCCCAGCCCCCCUCCCGACGGGGACCCCGUGCGGAAGACACCCCUCCCCCCUACCUCAGCCCUUCUUCUUGGGACGUUGGGGAGGGGGUUGCCCGCGAGGCGGAGAGAGAACUCAGCCAGGCUCCUGAGAAUGGUAAAUAACGCUGACAGACUUCAAGAAGCAUUUUGACUUCCCCUCCUCAUGUAAAGUAUGCUCAGUUCCUUUCCAGUGGUUUUGCUGGAAACCAUGUCUCACUACACAGAUGAACCCAGAUUUACUAUAGAGCAAAUAGACCUGCUUCAGCGCCUUCGACGUACUGGAAUGACCAAACAUGAAAUUCUCCAUGCUUUGGAAACUUUGGAUCGUCUUGAUCAAGAGCAUAAUGACAAAUUCGGGAGAAGGCCCAGCUAUGGAGGUGGUUCCUAUGGAAAUAGUACCAACAAUGUCCCAGCAUCUUCCUCUACAGCUACAGCUUCCACACAAACCCAACAUUCGGGGAUGUCCCCAUCACCCAGCAACAGUUAUGACACUUCCCCACAACCUUGUACUACUAAUCAAAACGGGAGGGAAAGUAAUGAAAGGUUGUCUACUUCGAAUGGAAAGAUGUCUCCCACUCGUUAUCAUGCAAACAGCAUGGGUCAAAGAUCAUACAGUUUUGAAGCCUCAGAAGAGGACCUAGACGUAGAUGAUAAAGUGGAGGAAUUAAUGAGGCGGGACAGUAGUGUGAUAAAAGAGGAAAUCAAAGCUUUUCUUGCCAAUCGGAGGAUUUCCCAAGCAGUUGUUGCACAGGUAACAGGUAUCAGUCAAAGCCGGAUUUCCCAUUGGCUGUUGCAGCAGGGGUCAGACUUGAGUGAACAGAAGAAAAGGGCAUUUUAUCGAUGGUACCAGCUUGAGAAGACAAACCCUGGUGCUACUCUAAGUAUGAGACCUGCUCCCAUUCCAGUAGAAGACCCAGAAUGGAGACAGACACCUCCCCCAGUCACUGCAACAUCUGGUACCUUCAGACUACGGCGAGGUAGCCGAUUUACUUGGAGAAAAGAGUGCCUGGCUGUCAUGGAAAGUUACUUCAAUGAGAAUCAGUAUCCUGAUGAGGCAAAGAGAGAAGAAAUUGCCAAUGCCUGCAAUGCUGUCAUACAGAAGCCAGGCAAAAAGCUUUCUGAUCUGGAACGAGUUACUUCCCUAAAAGUCUACAACUGGUUUGCCAACAGAAGGAAGGAGAUCAAGAGGAGAGCCAAUAUCGCAGCAAUCCUGGAGAGUCAUGGGAUAGAUGUACAGAGUCCAGGAGGCCACUCCAACAGCGACGAUGUAGAUGGAAACGACUACUCAGAGCAGGAUGACAGCACUAGCCAUAGUGACCACCAAGACCCCAUCUCGUUGGCUGUGGAAAUGGCAGCAGUCAACCACACCAUAUUGGCCCUGGCCCGACAAGGAGCCAGUGAGAUCAAGACAGAGGCCCUGGAUGAUGACUGACCGACAGAGGGAGGGUCAGACACAAGAAGUUAGCUUAGUUUUAGACGUAGCACCUUAGCAGACUUUCCUCGGUCCUUAAUAUGUGUUCUUACAGUAUAACUUUGCAGUUUCUUGUAUGUCAGUUAGCUGUUAGGGUCUUGUUCUGUGAAGAUGGCAUGGUGCCCUCAGCCUUUGCAUAUACUCUCUCAGUAUUAAUUCCCAGUAAAUAAUAACCAAUCAAUCAACCAACCAAACUUCCCUCUCCCAGCCCCUGUGGCUCGAAAAUCUUGCUGCUCUGUUCUGUCUUAGCAUUCCAAGAAAGUGCUUCCAGGUAUUUUAGAUAGGCCUUGAUUUUCAGAUACUAGACUACAUGUAAAAUCUCGGAUAACCUUAGGUAUCAUGUCACACUAGUCUAUCUACCCUUCCUUCCUUCUCUAAGACUGAAAGGAUGCAAGCUGAGGUAGUAUGGCACAGGAUUGACAGACACCAUUUGGGAGUAUCCGCAAAGAGUGAAAAGAACACUACAAUCCCCACCUUCAUGUGAGAAUAAUGGAUUUCCAGCUGCAAUAAGCCGUGCCUCAUUAUAGUCACACUGUGGCUAGAUUAUACUUCUCUGGGUGCUGUGCUAAGAAUGUCAAUGGGAAAACAUAUUCGCAGAUUUUGGUUGAUGUUAACAUGCCCAACACAGACAUCCUCUCCUAUCACAAGCUGUGUGACUUAGUGGAUAAAAUACUGCCUUCUGCCUUUGGGACCAUGUUAAAAGCCCAGCCUGAGAGCGUUGGGGAAAAAGAGCUGAAUGUCUAAUGGAGGCUAAGUUUACUUCUUAGAACCACUAUACAUUAUGGGCACAGCUACUAGUGCCUGACCGGAAAAGAUCCAGGAUUCACCAUCAAAGUUGCAUUACCCUUCCCUUGCCACCAAAAA